CUAUCGGGGCUGAGUGAAAUCUUUGUGACAACCGGACUAGAUCCCAUGUCAGACUGCGUCUUAUCUACCGGCUGGAGGUAUAUAUACAGGUCCUAGGUCGAGGAGGGUCGGAGAAGUGGAGCGACGCCGAAUAAAGCAACCAUCUCCAACCACUAAAAUCGAUAUCGCUUCCAUCGUCUUAUAAUCGCCCAUCAUGGUCAAAUCAUCUUCCGGAGACAUGCUUCUUUACGUCCUAGCCAUCUUGUUGCCGCCCGUCCCCGUAUUCUUGAAAGCCGGCUGCGGAGGCCAGCUACUGAUCAACAUCCUUCUCUGCUGUCUCGCCUGGAUCCCGGGUAUCAUCCACGCCUGGUGGGUCAUCGGAAAACACACUACCCCGGCUCGAUCCGCUCGAUACUAGACGGCUCGAACGUUCGGCGGUCCACACCGCUGCGUCAUCACACCAGCUACACCAGCUCGGAACCCGCCUCGCAAGGAUGCAUAUGUGGACCUGUUCUAAUCACCAGCAACCUCUUGACGGCCAGCUCCCUCUCGACCACCGUCCCGCUCAUGGUCGCGCAUUCUCCUGCCGCUGGACAGCUUUUCAGCCCCGAACUAUAAUAAUAACAUUGUAUCCAACCGAAUCAUGCAUGCCGAUCAUACAAA